UGGCUAUCAGUCGACGGCCGUGAGCCGUGAAGCGAACGCAAUUUGCAGGGAGCGAUCGAUUCUUUCGCGGAGCGCUCUCGGCGAGCCUUCUCUGUCGUGUUCUCUCUCGCGUUCGGUCGGGUGUGCGAAUGUCUCUUUCGGCGAGGGAAAAGUUAAAACGAGAGAGAGAAGAGUGAUCGUCUCGCACGAAGGAAAGGGGGUUAGUAAAGUAAUGACGAGUAGUGGUGCCGACAAAAGUUCGGAGCAAUAGAGAGAGAGAGAGAGAGAGUAAAAGGACGACAGAGAGAAAACAAGAUAAAUAAUAGCAGUGUCGGUGUGCUUGGCACCCACGUGACACACAGGCAGAGGUGUCGCGCGAAGGUGUCAAUUCGAUAUAGUAUCCGAGUAAGAUUCUGCGUCAGUGACAGGAGCUCGCUCGACAGGAGUCGAAAGAAGAGAGAGAGAGAGAGAGAGACAGAGAGAAACAAGGACGGAAAGAGAAAGACAGCGCAAAACGAUCGAUGUUCACGUGACAGCCAAGAACGCCGAGUGAAGUUGCCGCGAAAGGGUGCGCGGACAACGGCCAUAUUCAAGGCGAGCCGUCGUUGCCCCAUCCAUCGGGUAGACGCGCAGGGUCGAAAAAACAGUCUCUCGGCCAUCCACCGAGACGAGUCGACGCGCGCGAAACGUAACGACGACGACAACGACAACGACGACGACGACGACGACGACGACGACGGUGACAAGGAAAACGCAUACGUUCCGAACACAGUAAAACGAUCAUCGAGAGCUCGAGAUGGAGUUCAAGUUCAACGUAAAUAAACUCUUGCCCAGGAAGAUCAACAAGGUCACGCACAACCUGGUGCCGGAAGACUUCAAGGGUGAUCGACGCGAGUUAAACGAAUAUCAGAGACAAUUGAGCAGAAUAUUGGACGACAUGGGCGAGGCGUCGGCGAAAGCCCAAGGACUCAACAAGCCCAUCACCAGCGCCCUUAAGCUUCGAGAUACGGAUCACAUGGUUUACUUGCUCGUAGAUAACGAAGCGAACAACGGUCUGGGCAGCGUGGUGGGUUUAUUAAAGACGGGUUCGAAAAACUUAUUUCUUUUCGACGAGACGGGAGAUCAUUAUCAGCUGCAGGCGAGAUGUAUUCUGGACUUCUACAUACACGAGACGCGGCAACGUAUGGGCCUAGGCAACAUCCUUUAUCAACACAUGUUAUCUGAGGAGAACAUCAAGCCGGUGAAAUUGGCGAUCGAUCGGCCGUCGGAAAAGUUCUUAGCUUUUUUACGCAAACAUUACGGACUCUCAAAAAUCAUUCCGCAGAAUAACAAAUUCGUUGUGUUCGAGGGAUUCUUUGACGACGAAACUCGAAGUGUGAGAAGCAACAGAUAUAGUCUACCUCCCAGAAUGGGUCUAGAAGACGGAACUUCGGGUAACAAUAACGGGAGAAAUGGCGCUAGUCUCAAUGGAGUUCCCUACGUAACGUCCGUCUCGCGUAGCUCGUUCGGUAGAUACGCCGCGGCACGACCGCCCUGUUCCAUGGCAAACAUAAUCCAUAAUACAGCGAUGCUUGGUCAAUCUGCCGAGCGUACCGGCAGCGUCGACAGUAGCAGCGACGCGUCGCCGCCGCUGAAGCUGGAACGACCGCGUUCCUUGAGCCUCUACUCCGAGGAGGAACAGAAGCAGCGCAGCGUCGAGAUGAAUACCGUCCCGACGCCGGUCGUACCGGACAAUCAGACAAAGUCGUUCGUACCUAUCCUGCUGGAAGCGGAAAAAGCGGAGAAGAACGUGAAGCCGUCGCCGUCGUGCGGUCAGGAAGUGACCACCGGCACCAAUCAACACGGACACCUGGAUCUCAAAUUUUAUCACUCGCCUUUGUGGUGAAGCGAUCCAGCUAACACAUAAUUGUCUUCUUUCCUCUUCGUAAUUACCACGUUUUAAAAAAGAUCGGACCAACCUGAGUCAACGCUCAUUCUCUCGUGUGAAUAACUCGAGUUUUUUUUUUUUUUUUAUUUAAAAUAGAUCUAAGGAGAAAGAGAAAUAUAAUUGCAACUCGAAAGAGAGAUUAAUAAAACAUUGUGCGAUCCGCGAACGAUCUUCAACCAACGCGCAAAUUAUAUAUCUACGAUAUAGAUAAGUUGACUUAUAAACGAGAAUGUUAUGCAUUUUUUUUUAUUUCAUAAAUUACGACAAAAUAUAUAUCAAUAGAAACGCGCAAAAGUUUACUUAACAAAAAAAAAAAAAUUAGAAAAACAGAAUGUUUUCUAUAUUAAUUUUAGCUUGCUGAUGUUAUUAACAUCAUUCUUUUACUUAUUUUCAAAGAAUGAUGUAUGUCGUUUAAUGAUGUAUGUAUAUCACGAAAGAGUAAGAAACAAAUAUAUAAGAGAAAUAGGAGAGAGAGUGUUAAAAAAAUGGAUAUAAAAAGAGAAUAUAAACAAAUAUAGAAAAGAAUAUAAACAAAUUCGAAAAAAAGCUUUUCUAUGAAAAGGAAAUUCAGAAAAUGUUUAACACUUUUUAAUUUCGACGAUAAAAGAAAAUUCACACAAUUACGUAUAAAAGCGUUCAGAUUCAGAAUCAACAAUUAUAAUUUCUCGAAAGAGCAUAGCUGACAGUCCUAAAUGAUAAUCAAUAGAGCAUAACAACUUGUGAUUCCCAGAAUCGUAUAUAAUAAUUUAUAUAAGCGGUCGAAGAUGAUAAAAAAUUAAAGAUCGAAACGUCUUCUAGUUCGAAUCAUAGUUUUUAUGAUUUAUUAAUCUGUGUCCAAGAUUAUCAAUAGCUCUUGCUCUUUCGAAGUCUUGUUGUAUCAUGUCAAAUUCGUUUUCACAAGAGGAGUAAAUUAAUAAGUACGUAUCAAAAUAAUAGAAGACAAGUCGAAUAAACUGUAAUGACUAUAUAUGAAAUAUUAUCACUGCUACGUAUACAUGUAUAACGAUACUGCGUAUAUUCGCAGUAAAUAGGUUUAGGUAAAUCCUGUUAUGAAGGGACCUCCACAUGUGACAAACCAAAGUUUUAUAAUUUUUGUGGCGAGAUUGAGACAAUAGUUACCGUGGAUUUGUUUAUCAAGUGUAGACUUGUAGAAAAACGUAGAGUUAGGCAAAAAAAUACAUUUAAAAAAAAAUGUAUAAACAAAGUGUAUAAAUUUAUCCAAGAGAUCUUCUUUUGCAUUUUUCCAUCGGAUAUAUAUAUAUAUUUGUAUUAUCAAAAUAAUUUUAAUUAAACACUAUAGGCUUUUUGUUUAUAAAUGGAGAACAGAGCACACGCGCGCGCGUAAUAAAAUACGCUUUAUUUUAUGCAUAUACAAUUUUUUGUUAAUUCUUAGAGCACACUUGUAUAUUUCUUCAAACUUAAAUUAAUAAUAUGUUAUUUAUUUAUUUAUGUUUUAAUGAUAGGAAAGAAAUGUGAAAAACCUGCAGUAUUUCCCGCAGUAUUUUGCCUUGAAAGUAACGACUAAUUCAUAUUUAUUAGAAUGUAUUACAUGCACGCGUAAUGCGAA